AUGAGUCCCACACUGGGCAUUGCCUCGCUUUCUUUAGGUUCGUUCGAGCACCACACGUUGCCGAGCAAGAUCGCCGCCGCCGCCCAAGCGGGGUUCCAACACAUCGAAUUGUUCGACAAUGACUGGGCCGCGUUCUGUGACUCGUGGUCCGAGGCCCAAGGUCUGCCCAAGUCGACGCGCGACGGCGAUUCGACGAGUCGAUUUGCGGCCGCGGCGUUGGCCGAUCUCGUGCGAUCAUAUGGCCUUCGGAUCAGCUGCUGGCAACCGUUGCGCACCUUUGAGGGCUACGUCGACGCCGAGGAUCGACGCAAGUCGAGGGAGUUUGCUCGAGGUAUCUUGGACAUCUUGCCCAUCCUCGGUACACGGUUACUCCUCCGCUGCACGACCACGACCCCUGCUCCUGCGACGACCGGCGACCUCGAUCGCUGCGCCGAAGAUCUUGCCUGGCUUGCCGACGAAGCCGCCAAGUGCGAUCCGCCCGUCCGAGUCAUGUAUGAAGGUCUUUCAUUCGCGGCACAUCGAAGGAGUUGGCAAAGCGCAUGGGAAGUCGUCGAAAAGGCGAAUCGACCCAACCUCGGCCUUUGCCUAGACUCGUUCAACACCCUCGCGCUCGAAUGGGCCGAUCCUUACUCGUCAACCGGGCGCCUUUCCCCUGACGUGGAUGAGAAGCUGCAAGCCAACAUGCGCGAAUUAGUUCAAUGGGUAUCCGGUCACAAUAUCUUCUUCUACCAAGUCGCCGAUGGUCGCUUCAUGUCCCCGCCAAUGACACCCCCGACGGACCCUUCGAUCCCACCUAUCCGGCCUUGGUCUCGAGGGAACCGUCUCUUCCCCCUCGAGAACAAGCUCGGCGCCUACCUUCCCGUUUCAACCUUCUCCGAUGCCGUCGUUCAAACCGGUUACGAUGGACCUUGGUCACUCGAGGUAUUUAACGAAUCCCUCUCGAGUGACGACCCCAAUGUCCCUAUCGAGCAUGCAAGGAGGGCGAUGAAGGGCUUGUCCAAGGCAAUUGCGGCGGCUUAUGCUCGCGACUCGACUUCAGAUCGUGAGUUACCUGGUGAUCUCGACUUUUGGUCCAGACACAUGAGCCUAACAGGGUCCGUCCUUUCUAUUCCCCUCCAGGUGCCACCCACAAGCUUUGA